UGUAAUGGAAUGCAAGAGGCAGAUCAUUUGGGAACUUUGGAGACGAUAGACACCCCUGAUAGAUGUCGCGAAAGGUAGCGCAGGAGGGAGAAAGUAACUACUUCCUAGCAACCAGGAAAAUCUCAAUGUUUAUUUCUUCUUCUUGCAUCGUCACUUAUUGAACUGCUUAUGUUUAUUUUAAAAAUCGUUGUCAAACCUUGGGACAUUUUAUCCAAAGGAGACAGUUUCCUAUCGUUUUAUGGAAAAUUCCAUAUGAUGUGGCUACCUCUUGCUAUUAAAUGGAGUGUCAAUUUUAUAUUUAUUCAUCGGCAGAAAUAUUAACUGAGAUAUUUUUCUUGAAGAAGCAUCAGCGGUUUUGACUUGAAAAUGGCAAAAGGAGAGGCACCUGAAAGUUUGUUUAUGAAAAACUAUGUCCAGUGAUUCCAGAUCAGCAUCACUGUAACUUCUUCACUACCGCUAUCGUUAUCGUUUUCAUCAUUGCCCUCGUCGACGGAACAUUUUCAAGAUGUCAGCACUGUUAUGGAUUACGUAUUUGGUGCUACACCUCUCAGUGCUCCAAGUAUCAACUGAGCUUCAACCAAUGAUUGGUGAGCAACGCAUGAGACCAAAAUGGAAACAGUACUGUACUUUCAACAAUGCACUACGAUGUCAUCCAACCAUCGUAGCCCAGUCUGCAUCAGGUAUCGCCAAUCAAGGAUGGAAAAUAUACCGAUCACCAAAAACUAAAGAUUACUACGUCGGUAUAACCUGUCCACAGAAUUGCUGGCAGAGCAUCCGUGUAUAUUCCAACAUGCAAGCACACUAUGGUGUUGCUACUCUUACAUUCUAUUAUUACAUAUGGGAAACGAAGCAGAAAGAAGGAGAUGGAUUUUUACCACAGCUCCGUAUAAAAGGUUGCAAUAAUAAGGAGAUAUGGAAAUCAACUGAUAAUUCACACUCACACGAGAAAGGAGAAUGGCACGGGGUUAUUUUACCUCUUUACUGCUUGAAUACCUUUAGCAUUAUCUUUGAAGGCAUAAUGACCUCUGGUGGUCAGGUGAUUGCAGUUGAUAAUGUGGUUUUAUCGGAUGGGAGAACAUUUACAAACGUUCUUCCGCAGCCAGCUAUAUCUGUGGUACACCCUACGACCUCCUCCAACAACCCGGUCAUACCAUCACGAGGAACGCGACCACCAGUACGACCACCUAUACGACCACCCAUACGACCACCAGUACGACCAUCAUAUAGACCUACACAUCAAAUACCAUAUCAACCACCAGUCACUCAUCAGACGACCAACAAUGCAGUCUUGAUAACCAAACCAACAGUUUCGUCUGUUUCAUCAAACGGGUCUUCUGGGCUCGUUCCCUCCACGGCGAUAGAGGGCGGAGCUAGUAGUGGCAAAGGAAAUUUCUCAGCGAUACCCAAGCUUCUAGUAGCCCUGGCCCUCUGUAUCUGUUCUCUCACCCUCUGUAUUCAUUGCAUAAUCUAUAGAAAACAAAAGAAAUGUCACAACAAGAAGCAGAGAAAUCCACCGAUUGGACAAACCCCCAUAUCAGGUCAGCUAUCAUCUAGCUCUUCGGUAUGUGAGAUCGUCAUCACUGAUCACAGCAGAAACUCUUGGGCCAUCAAUCGAGCCGAUGGUCCUGACAUCCCUGGUCCAUCUCAUGGUCUAACUGUAGACCACCUCACCUCCAACCACCGCCCAAGACUAGCUACCUGCACUCUUGGAUCCAAGGCUUUUAGCCGUCUUAAUAGUGAGCUCCGUCCAUCUGGACGAGCAUGUAGUCUUCCGAGUCGACCCACACCGAACAUCUACGAAUCAAUUGAUGAGGUCAAAAGUGGUCUCUCAUCUCACCCCUCAAAUUUCUUUCUUAAUCUUAGUAAGAGAAGUGCGUUUGUUAAGAAAGUAGUUCACACACUUGAGCUACCAUUCAGGAAGAGUCAUCCGGAGAAGUCUCGAAGUUCUGGCUUGGUGACUAAGGAUAGAAGCAUGUCUGAUGCCUCAGCCAAGACAGAAGUGACAAAGAACCACAAGAGGGCCUUCAGGAAAUCAAAUAGUCAUUCUGGAGGCAUUCGCUUCUUCCCAAGCAGCCUGUCCUCUCUGAAUACACAUAGUGACGUCCCACCUACACAGAAUCGUAUUAACCUCUCACCAUUGCUACCCAAACGACCACUGUCGAAUGUCUUCGGGAAGCAUUCAUCAAGGAUGACUAGCUUUAGAACAAGUCUGAGUAAAUCACGCAGUCAUUCUGAUGUAAACACAGCGGUUUCUGGGCGUAAGCAUCAUACGUCGAGCGUGUCACCAUACUCAUGCUCUAAGCUUCCCAACAUUUCGUUUCAUCUCAGUGACUCCAGGCCGAGUGUCCACUUUGCCAAAUCCUCUGCUGAAACAUCACCUAAUCAAUCUUUCAUUGAGGAACCAAACGAAACAACGUCAUCUUCAAGGAUGUCUGAGCAUUUCUACCAUGACCUAGACAGUCAGUUCAGACCAACAGUCUCAGCGAACUUAUAUCAUGUCUUAGAUCCCACGUCAUAUGAAUCAGCGUCGUCUUCCGAAGAUGAAGACUUCGAAAACAAACAAUCAACCGUAAAGCGUAACACGGUUCUUCAACGCACUGAAAGUGGAUACACGGUCGUAUCCAAGAGCAGUUACAACUCAGACUUUGAAAACUCUGUGGGUAGUAACCUAUCCAAUAUCCAAUCCCUUGAUAGGGUGUACUUUAGACUUGAAUCUCUGGACCAUUCUCAACAUGACACCGAGUCUGAGUUUGGGGCUCGCGAUGGCCUACUCGACCACGAGUUCGAUAUGAGCUGUGAUUUACAAAGACGUAGUCAUAAGAAUGGAAGACGAGUGAGUGAUCUUGAGACGACGUGUACGCUGUCAAUGUACGAGGAAAGUGGUCGACUUCUUGAUGAGACUGACAUAUCGAGUACCAUUGAUGACAGACCAGAUGUAAUCAAAGGAGUUAGAGCUUAAGGAUGUACCAUAGACUAUAUUAUAUAUUUUAUUAUUAUGAUAAUGCUGUUUAUAGAGGUGAAACAACAUGUAUUAGUCGUACUCGUAUAAGGACUAUGAUGAUGAUGGGUUUCUUUGUCAGGUGGUAGGCACAAUUUGAAUGUUGAGUUU